AUGCAGCCAGAUAAAGAGGAUGGUGGAAAAGUGAACUCCAGUGGUUGUCAAUCACACUCCAAAAGGUUUGCAUCGUCAACUAAACCCGUUGCAUCAACUGAACAAACAAAAUAUACUCCACGAGGACAGGAAACCAAAAUAUUAAUCAAUGUCCUGUCCCGACAGUCUCUCCAACUAUCCGCCAAGAUGGAACACCCUGUAACUGCCCACGAAGAUUUAUACUCCUCAAGAAAGAAAAACCCCAUGGCAGACAAGACAGCUUUCUUGAAAAUGAAAAAGAACUUAACAGCAGAAUCUCAGCAAACAGAGAUGAUAUAA